AUGGAUCCUCAGUGGCAGCAAGGCUACGCUGACUCGGGCGGGUCAUCGCGACGAUAUAAUGGCGCUCCUCAAAUGCCGCGCGAUUACAACAACGGCCAGCUCCCCCCAAACCCCCAACACCAGCAGCACCCGCAACAACACUCAUCAUCGCAUCAGCAGCAGCAGCAACAACAACAAAACCCGCUGCCCGGCCAAGCCCCCGCUGGUUUCAAAUACGAGCAGUACCACCACAAUCACCAGUCGAGCCCGGUUGCCGCUGCUGCCGGUCCCAGUUCCCCCAUGUCGUCUACAGCGUCAUCGGCCGCGCCCGGCCCGCCCCAGGUACGCGAUGGCAAUGGCGACAUCGCCAUGCAUGAUGCCCAGGACCCGUACGCAACCAUAAAGUAUCCCUUGAGACCCCAUCACCAGUCUCAUGUCUCCAGCGGUCGCAUCCCGACCCUCCACUCUCCACAGGAACCCUCCACUGCCGCCCAGCGAUAUUCUCCCAUGGAGGCACUAUCGCCCACGUCGCCCUACGCGCCCAAGCCCGCUCCCCACGGUCAAUUCGCCGCCCUCCCACGACAGUCGCCAACAAGGCAGGCCGACUACAGCCCCCAGAACUCGUACUUUGCGGGCGGAAAGCUACCGCAGCAAUCGGCAUCUAUGAGCCCUUACGGCGGCGGCUCCCCCAACGACGGCCACCCCUCCAGCGGGAUUCCAUUGCUCGAUAGUGCCUAUAACAACGACUCCAAGUCCCCGCGCCGACCUGUCGCUCAUGCUCUACCGCCCGGCAAGGGUCCUGUGCCCGCAUUCAAGCCCUGUCGCAACCCGAAUGAACUUCUCCCUAAAGUCAAUGCCCAACCGGCUUUCCGGCGAGCUAACCCGGAAGGUGGUUUCAUCAGCCCACUCCAAGCGCUUACUGCUCACCUGCCCGCCACGUACCGGAUAUGCAACCCGAAUUUCAAGUACGAGUCGUCGCGCAAUCCCCGACGCGUCCUCACGAAGCCGAGCAAAGGUGUGAAGAAUGAUGGCUACGAUAACGAGGAUAGUGACUAUAUUCUCUACGUGAACGAUAUCCUGGGAUCAGAGGAGGCCGGUCAUAAGAAUCGAUAUCUCAUUCUCGAUGUGCUGGGCCAGGGAACCUUCGGGCAAGUUGUCAAAUGCCAGAAUUUGAAGACGCAGGAGGUGGUAGCCGUGAAGGUCAUCAAAAACCGCACUGCCUACUUUAACCAGAGCAUGAUGGAGGUCUCUGUCCUGGACUUGCUCAACACCAAACUUGACAAGAAUGACGACCACCAUCUUCUCCGCCUAAAGGAUACCUUCAUCCACCGGCAGCAUUUGUGCUUGGUUUUCGAGCUCCUGAGCGUCAACCUUUACGAGCUAAUCAAACAGAACCAGUUUAGGGGCUUGAGCACCACGCUCGUUCGCGUCUUUGCGCAGCAGCUCCUCAACGGCCUCGCCCUUCUCAACAAGGCACGGUUGAUCCACUGCGACUUGAAGCCCGAAAACAUCCUGCUCAAGAACCUGGAGAGCCCCAUCAUCAAAAUUAUCGACUUUGGCUCUGCCUGCGACGAGCGACAGACCGUCUACACCUACAUUCAGUCGCGUUUCUAUCGCUCCCCCGAAGUUCUACUCGGCCUCCCCUACUCAUCUGCCAUUGACAUGUGGUCCUUAGGGUGCAUUGUCGUUGAGCUCUUCCUCGGUCUUCCUUUGUUCCCCGGCUCUUCCGAAUAUAAUCAAGUGUCGAGAAUAGUCGAAAUGCUGGGGAACCCUCCGAAUUGGAUGAUUGAAAUGGGCAAGCAGGGCAACGAAUUCUUCGAGAAGCGGCAAGACGAGUUUGGCCGGCGGACCUACCACCUGAAGUCCAUGGAGCAGUAUUCGCGGGAGCAUAACACCAAGGAGCAACCAAGCAAGAAAUAUUUCCAGGCCAACACGCUCCCCGAGAUAAUCAAGACGUAUCCCAUGCCGAGGAAGAACAUGAAGCAACACGAGAUUGACAGAGAAAUGAACAAUCGCAUUGCGUUCAUCGACUUCGUCAGGGGGCUGUUGAAUAUCAAUCCACUUGAGCGAUGGUCACCGCAGCAGGCUAAACUGCAUCCGUUCAUUACACAGCAAAAGUUCACCGGCCCAUUCGUGCCACCCAUGAACCUGAAGUCGAGUUCUCUGAACAGGUCACUAGCUCCUGGUACGCAGCAGCAACAGCAGGCGGAAGCGUUGAGUAAGCAGCGAGCUCAAGCAGCCCAGGCCCAGGCCCAGGCCCAGGCCCAGGCCCAGGCCAACUCUGCAGCCCAGAAUGCGUACGCCUCCAUGUCUCCCCAGUACCAUCCCCAGAGCGGCCAUCCUCCACAAGGAGGCCCCGUGUACGGCAGCAACGUCAUGUACUCGCCGAACAGCGGCCACGCAGCACAGCCACCACCAUACGGCGGACAACAACCGGGCAACUAUGGCCAAAUGGUCAUGCCACAACCGCCACCUCCUCAGCAGCUGACAUCAGCACCUUAUGGCAACGUGCCUCAAGGUGGGCUGUAUCCUCAGAAUAGCAUGCGAGCUGGACGCCAACGGGCAUCGACAAUGGAGCAGCAACAAAGCGGUAUUCCGGCGGCCAUUCAGCGCGUGGCCAGUCACCUCGAUCCCAACCAGCCGAUCCGAUUGCAGCCAAGUCCAGCGUACUAUCCCCCGCCGGCUGAUGGCAUGGUCGGCAUAGAAAGCACCCCAGGCAGGCAAGCCGGCCGGCGCGGCAGCCGUACGCAACAGCAAGGCGGCAGGGGAAAUCGCGACUUCAUUCGGAACCUGGAAGAGCGCACUCUAGAAGAGGGUUUCAUGGGUGGUCAGCAGAACCCUUGGCACUGA